AUGUAUGCAGAUCAGGAAUUGGAAAGGCGUUACCACAUGCACUUGGCCGCUCGUCUCAGCCCAAGUCUUCCUUCGGUUGCCUUGACUUCUGCUGCUAGUACUAGUAGUGCACAGACCUCAGCCGCACAGAAUUCUGACACACCCAGCCCUACUUCAGCUCCAACCAUUACCACCCCCACCACCCCCACCACCACCCCUGUAGCUACUUCUACCCAACAAACCUCCCUUUCCACUACCCCUACUACGUCCUCUUCUUCAACCACCUCUUCAUUAACCGUAUCUUCAGGCACCCCCUCCUCGAGCACUUCUACUUUGUCUACUUCUUCACCUUUAGCCCCACAAAUUGCGCUGUCCACGACCCCUCCAGCAGCAGCCACUUUGUAUACUACCUCCCAGCUCGCAUCACCAACUCAUAUCGUCAUUAGUACCGGAACCAUCGCAUCCGCAACUCCUUCUUCGACUGCUGGCUCUUCAGGUUCCAUUAACACCACUGCAGUCGUAGGAGGUAUCGCUGGCUGUCUUGUUGGUUUGGCUAUACUGGGAUUCCUCAUCAUGUGGUGCAUCCGCCGCAAACGCCAGUCUGAUGAAGACGAAUGGAGUGCUUCAGCCUUCAAACGUCAGUCUGCCAUUCUUGUGGAUGAUCCCGAACCAUCCUUCAACCCCCGGCCACCGACCAUGAUUGAACGUCACAACGCAUCCCCUGCCAUCAACGCUCAGCACAAUUAUCAAAACUAUUACGGUGGUUAUGGUCAACAAGCUACCUACAGUGAUACCUUACAUCCUCAGAUGGCGAUGCCGCAUGCCCCUCACGGUGAUCAUAGUCACCUCACCAGGCAACCGUCCAGCGCGGCAUACCUAUCUCGUCAACCAUCUGAUGCAGGAUACCCCAUACCUAACGAUCCUCAGGCUCACUAUGUUAAUCUCGAUCGUUCCAGUGUAACUCCAUUCCAGGCUGCCCAAUAUGCCGAUAUAUCCCGUCAGCUGGGCAGUGACCUACAUAUGGUUCCACCUCAGCCAUCAGAAUCUUCAUUGCCUAGCCCCUUUGAUGAUGAAGCAGCGGAAGAAACCUAUCCCACGCAUGAUGCUGCGCUUCGUGCACCGUCACCCGUUCACGUUGGCGAUCCUUUUGCUGCUGCUAGUACGGCGUCUACACCUGAGCCGGUCCCAGCGUCCCGCAGGCGAGACAUCUCUAAUGCCCAGCGGCCCGAUACCGUAUACACCGUGUACGAAGAAGGCGAUGCCUAUGAUGGUAUCUAA